AUGGCACAAAUGAGCAGUCCCCACUCACCAACCAUCCAACCACUUCACACACUCACCAACAACCACCAACAAGCAAACAUGAAGGUCUCUACCAUCAUCGCCAGUGCCGCUGUCACCAAGCGUGCCACUGAGCAUGGCGAGCUGACCUGCCACGCCGGCGGUAUCGGUGCCUGCGGCUGGGCCAUCGCUCCUGGUGAAGUCGCCAUCUCAUACAACGACCUGUUCGCCCUCCAGACUCCGAACGACAACCCUCUCUGCGGCAAGACCAUCCAAGCCACUGCCGGCGGUGUCACCAAGACCGUUGCGACAGCUGCGGUGCCUGCAAGCGCAGCGAUCUCGCCGUCCUUGAGGUCAACUUCAACGCCUUCGGCUUCGCCACCUCCCUGGGUCGCGUGCCAGUCGACUGGAAGAACACUCUCCGAGUCUAAGGUAAAGCAUCCUCGCCUCCUCCUCAUCAUCUCCGUCCACUUACCAACUUCCUAG